UACAAGGAAAUGAAAAUGAAACAAAACCCCACGUCACACUGUAACGAGCCAUAUAAUAAGAACCACCCAGUUAUAGUCAUUCACACUCUACCCACACACUGAGCAGGUCUGGCUUAACCUACGGGCCCAUUCCUAUUCAGAAAUGUCCCAUCAGCAGUCCUACUCCUGGGAGGAAGAUGACUUUCAUCUUCCAUUUGGGGUUAAGAGAAUUGGCGAAGAACAGCUAAAUUGCGGUCAGACCUACGUCAUGUACCACGGCACCACCAGGACCAAUGCAACGGCCAUCCAGCGCAAUGGUUUCAAACAGUCUGCGGACGGGCUGCUGGGCCGUGGCGUCUACCUCAGCCGUAACCUGGAAGAUGCCAGCAAGUUUCCCAACGACUCUUCUACACCUUUCACCCAGCAGGUAGUGUUCAGGGUGGAGGUCAACGUGGGGAACGUGAUCACGAUUAACCGCCAGGGCAAUCUUCGCCAGAAGAACUGGCACGAUAGCCGGUACGGGGAGGUCUUCGACACUGCCUGGUGCCCCCCGGACUGCCGCAUGACGAGGUUUGGCAUGGAGCAGGUCUGCGUCUGGGACCCCAACCGCAUCAAGAUAGUCAAGCUUAUCACCCCGACCCUGAAGCUCGGCUUUCCAUUCAAUAAAGCCCAUUCCUAUUCCAAAAUGUCCCAUCAGCAGUCUUACUCCUGGGAGGAAGAUGACUUUCAGCUUCCACCUGGGGUUAAGACAAUUGGCCAUGAACAGCCAAAUUGCGGUCAGACCUACGUCAUGUACCACGGCACCACCAAGACCAUAGCAAAGGCCAUCCAGCGUGAUGGUUUCAAACAGUCUGCGGGCGGGAUGCUGGGCUGUGGCGUCUACCUCAGCUGUGACCUGAACAAGGCCAGCAGGUAUCCCAUCAAAACUCCUGACUCAGAGCGGGUGGUGUUAAUGGUGAAGGUCAACGUGGGGAACGUGAUCGCGAUUAACUACCAGGGCCAUCCUCGCCAGAAGAACUGGCAUGAUCGCCGGUUCAAGGAGUCUUACGACACUGCCUGGUGCCCCCCGGACUGCGGCAUGACGAAGAGCGGCUUGGAGGAGGACUGCGUCUGGGACCCAGGCCGCAUCAAGAUAGUCAAGUGUAUCGCUCCGAUCACGAGGUCGGAGGGGUCGGAGAGGUCAGAGGGGUCGGAGAGGUCGGAGGGGUCGGAGGGGUCCGGGGGGUCGGAGAGGUCGGAGGGGUCGGAGGGGUCAGGGGGGUCGGACGAGUCGGAGGAGUCGGAGGGGUCAGGGGGGUCGGACGAGUCGGAGGAGUCGGAGGGGGCAGGGGGGUCGGAGGAGUCGGAGGGGGCAGGGGGGUCGGAGGAGUCGGAGGGGGCAGGGGGGUCGGAGGGGUCAGGGGGGUCGGACGAGUCGGAGGAGUCGGAGGGGGCAGGGGGGUCGGAGGAGUCGGAGGGGGCAGGGGGGUCGGAGGGGUCAGGGGGGUCCGGGGGGUCGGAGGAUUCGGAGGGGGCAGGGGGGUCGGAGGAGUCGGAGGGGGCAGGGGGGUCGGAGGGGUCAGGGGGGUCCGGGGGGUCGGAGGAUUCGGAGGGGGCAGGGGGGUCGGAGGAGUCGGAGGGGUCCGGGGGGUCCGGGGGGGGGCAGAGAGAAAGUCAGUGCGUGUGA